GUGGCGACAGCCGCGGCCCGGGCGGCGACUCUCCGGCCAGAGGCGGCGGUAGGACGCACUGGCAGUGGUGCGGGGACCGAGUCCGAGCUGCGUUAUCUCCCUUGCUCGUUCCGUCCCCCCUACCUCGCUCGCUCUCUCCCUGCGUGCCUCGCUUUCCUCCUCCGGCCGCCGGCGGGUGCGAUGUGCCGCCGCCGCUGCCCCAGCCGCCGCUGACUGACGGACCGGGGGGCGCCGCCCGCGCCCGGGACCGACCCGCCACUUGCGGCCGCGCCUUUGAGGUCACUAUCAAUAUCGGCUCACAUUAUUGAAAAGAUAAUUUUGAAGACAUGUUUUGCUGAAAAGAAAACUGAGAAAAAUUUUACGAAUGGGAUGAACAUGCACCAGUUAAUUGACUACCUACUGCAAUUUGAAUGUUAACGUUACCCACCUGGUACAGUUACCUAGUGAUGUACCUAUUCUCACGAUACCCUAUUUCAGUGUGCUCGUCUUGAUUAAAGAAUUCAAAGUGGAGUACCGCAAACUUGAUAUGGAUAAUAAAAAGAAAGACAAGGACAAAUCAGAUGAUAGAAUGGCACGACCUAGUGGUCGGUCAGGACACAACACUCGAGGAACUGGUUCUUCAUCCUCUGGAGUUUUAAUGGUUGGACCUAACUUUAGAGUUGGAAAAAAAAUUGGAUGUGGGAAUUUUGGAGAAUUACGAUUAGGGAAAAAUUUAUACACAAAUGAAUACGUGGCCAUUAAACUGGAGCCCAUGAAAUCCAGAGCACCACAGCUACAUUUGGAAUAUAGAUUCUACAAGCAGUUAGGAUCUGGAGAUGGUAUACCUCAAGUUUACUAUUUUGGCCCUUGUGGGAAAUACAACGCUAUGGUGCUGGAACUUCUGGGACCUAGUUUGGAAGAUUUGUUUGAUUUGUGUGACAGAACAUUUUCUCUUAAAACGGUUCUCAUGAUAGCUAUCCAACUGAUUUCUCGCAUGGAGUAUGUCCAUUCAAAGAACUUGAUAUACAGAGAUGUAAAGCCUGAGAACUUCUUAAUAGGACGACCAGGAAACAAAACUCAGCAAGUUAUUCAUAUUAUAGAUUUUGGUUUGGCAAAGGAAUAUAUUGAUCCAGAGACAAAGAAACACAUACCAUACAGAGAACAUAAGAGCCUUACAGGAACAGCUAGAUAUAUGAGCAUAAACACACAUUUAGGAAAAGAACAAAGUAGAAGAGAUGACUUAGAAGCUUUAGGUCAUAUGUUCAUGUAUUUUCUGAGAGGCAGUCUUCCUUGGCAAGGUUUAAAGGCUGACACAUUAAAAGAGAGGUAUCAGAAAAUUGGAGAUACAAAACGAGCCACACCAAUAGAAGUGUUAUGUGAAAAUUUUCCAGAAGAAAUGGCAACAUAUCUUCGUUAUGUAAGAAGGCUAGAUUUUUUUGAAAAACCAGACUAUGACUACCUAAGAAAACUUUUUACUGACUUGUUUGAUCGAAAAGGGUAUAUGUUUGAUUAUGAAUAUGACUGGAUUGGUAAGCAGUUGCCUACUCCAGUGGGUGCAGUUCAGCAAGAUCCUGCUCUGUCAUCAAACAGAGAUGCACAUCAACACAGAGAUAAGAUACAGCAAUCCAAAAAUCAGUCGGCAGACCACAGGGCAGCUUGGGACUCCCAGCAGGCAAAUCCCCAUCAUUUGAGAGCUCACCUUGCAGCAGACAGACAUGGUGGCUCGGUACAGGUUGUAAGUUCUACAAAUGGAGAAUUAAACACAGAUGACCCUACUGCAGGACGUUCAAAUGCACCUAUCACAGCCCCUACAGAAGUAGAAGUGAUGGAUGAAACCAACUGCCAGAAAGUGUUGAACAUGUGGUGCUGCUGUUUUUUCAAACGAAGGAAAAGGAAAACCAUACAGCGUCACAAAUGACUCUGGACACAGACAGAUCAUGGGGAGUUACUUACGUGUUCAUCUGCUGUCUUGUGAUUAAAAUCAUCUCUGUAGUGACCACAUAUAUUUUCAAGGACUCACUGUUAGAAACAAAAAUGUCAUACUUUCAUACUUCAUUUUGUGGUUGUCUUACAUUCGUAUUUUUUUCUAAUUUAACUUUUAUGGAAGCUUUAAAGUUUUGUCAAAACAUGAGUGCUUUGCCCAUCAUUGAAUGGAAUGGACCAAUGAGGUGGUAUUGAUGAAUUACAGUUCUGUAGAACAUUUUUCAGAAGCUCUCCUCCUGUUGUAGAAAGCAGUACAGUAUCUUAAAUGUCAACCAGUUAUAUACCUAAUCUGGUCUUUAUAACUUCUGUAAGAGAAUAAUCAAAGAGGAAUUUUCUCCCCAGUGGAUAAUGCAACAGAGAAAACAGUUGCCCAAAUAUUUAAAAGAAGUUAUCCCUUAAGAAGAUCAUUAUCUGUGUGACAUCUGCAUUGAUUUCACUGUUACUGAUGGUACUGCUAUUCAUGAGUCAUAUUAACAUUCUCUCUGUGAAAUCAUGGUACAGUUACUGCCCAGAGGUACUGAGGAAAAAACUCUAUGGGUUUGGCAGAUGGUAGUGGUAAAAUUAAUCACAACUAGUGUGGUAAAUAUGAGCUCUGCUUUUGUUGCACCACUGUGUGAAGUACAGUGUUGUCCAAGUGGCAAACGCUUAUUUUUUAAAAAUGCAAAAUAUUUGUAUAAUGUAACUUUAUGCUUCCAGAUAAUGUAUGUUAGACAGCAAGAAAUGAAUACUUUGAGAAAUGAGAUAUGUUGGAGUUUUUUGAAAAAUACACUAAAGAGAAGGAAUAAAUGUGAAUCUCACCGCAUCAUAUGAGGCUGAAGUCUAAGGAGAUCCCACUGAAACCUGCUGCUGAACGAUUACAUUCUCCUUAAGCAGAAAACUUUGGAUGUGCCACACAAUGGUGUCUGUUUAUUAAUUAUUUGCCCUUUGAUUUUAAAAAAAGACCCUCAGCAAUAAAAACGGGGUCACUCUAUUGCCCUCUGCGCACAUUAGUCUCUUGUAUUCAACUUUGCUGGUUCUCUGGAAUUUUCCUACUUUUUAGCAUAAUUUUGAUGAUUGAAAACUAUUUUGGAGAGGAUGGGUCAGGUGCUUUGUCCCCAUAGUCUUUUGAAGUGCCUGCAUAGGAACAAAGUAAUGGUUCUGUAAAAAAAGGAAACCCAUUCCACUUUUCAAGUAUGCUUUGUUUUAAGCCAUGAAGACACAGGUAUACUUUUGUCACAUUCUACUAGCCAGAAUUUGCAAGGAGAGUUAAGACAAAAAGACUGGCUAGAAAGAUAAUUAUGUUGUUCAGAUCUCACAUUCACCUUUCAUUUAUGAACUUGUUGCUUACUCCUUCCACUCAGCCCCUUCUUUUUGUCUUUGUGUGCUUCCGGGCAUGCUUAUUUAUUUUUAUUGUCUCAAGGUAACAUUUAAAAUAUGUAAUUAAAGUAAAUAAAUCUACAUUUUUGACAUUAUUGCAUUUACAGGAAUUUAACUGUACUUUGUAAUUUAUUUUUCUUAUUAGCCAAAAGUUCAGUGCAUUGUUUUUCAUGAAUUAGGCACCCAUAUAAAUACCGCAAAUCAAGACAUUAUCAUUGUUGCUCUGAAUCUAUGAAUGAUCUUUAUAAGUUCUUGAUUUUGAGGACCUACACUCAGCCUAGAAAACACUUGUUGUAUAAUUUGGUCAACAGUUUCCAUUUUAUCUAUUUGUAUACUGUCAUGAUGUCUUAAACUACAGGAGUUACAUACUGAGUUUUUAUUUUUGUUUGCUUUGAGCAAGGUAGAUGGAUGUUUUGGCCAUUAUAAUGUGAAACCACUUCUUUCUUUACAGUAUUUGACCAAAUUUGUGUGUCUAUGAUAUUUGUAAAUACAUGCGAUACCUGUAUUUCUUAUCAUAAGCCUGUUUAGUUUUAUUCUCAGUAGGGUUUUUGGACUGUACAGUGUUUAUAUGAUCUGAACUCCUUAUACAUAAGAAGGUGUGUAUAUUAAUCCAAUUAUGGACUUAAAAUAUUUUAAAACUAUAAAUACCCUUAUUUGCUGCAAAGACCAGUGUGUAGACAUUUGCUUUUUAGCAAUAUUUUUAAGUGCUCCAUUUUAAUGCCAAGGAAUAAGUCUUUUGGCAACACAAACUGGUCAAUAAUAGGUAAUGCAGGUAUGUUCAGGUUAAGCCAACAAUGUUUUGCAUUUUUAUGCUUCUUUUCUGUCAACACUAAUGAAGUCAACAUUGCCUGAAUGUCUGAAUAAUGAAACACAUCCCUGUUUAAAAGUAUGUAACUGAAAAAGAAAUAAAAAAUAAAGGUAGUUUUUUUAAACUUGCUCUUUCCCCUUUCCUCUAAUAUGGGUAAGAUAAUGCCACUUACUAAUUGAAGGCAGGAAUUUAAAAAAUUUAGUUUAUUUAAUUUACUAAAUGUGAAAAGCAGAGCUAAAGGAAUAUUUGUUUGUGAUUUUGAUUUUGUUUUGCUUUGUUGAAACCCUGUUGUAAAGAGUACAUACCUGGAAGUAUCUAAGCUUUCUUUAAUGAAAGUUAAAAAAAAAUUUUUUAUACUUCUCUGAGCUCCUUAAUAGAGCAAUUAAUUAGAACUAAUGCCACUACUAAACCGAGGGAAACAAGCUGAAUCAUUUCAUUCCUUUUCAAAAAUGAAGUCAUGAUGUUCACAGAAAUGAAAUAUUAUCAAAUCCAAUUUUAAGUGAAUGACUUUAAUGUCAUUCCAGAUGAAGAGCAUAUAUCUGUUACAGUAUCUCACAGUUCAUCAUUGUGCUAGGUGCUUUAAGGGGUUUUACAAAAUGAUACUCUGCUUACUGAAAAAUGCCAAAGGUAAGAUAAGUCAAAACAGCACACACUAAGCCCAUGUGUGUCCAUUAAGCACCACCAUUCAGAAAGAAUAAGAUAUAGAGAUGAAACAUAACAGGUUAAGCAUGGGUUAAAAGGCCCUGUCUAGAAAUAUCUGACCUAAGAUUAGGGUUCAGUCUGAAUGACUGUAUAGUUGCAUUAGCACCCUUUGCUUUUGCAAGUGACAGAAACUUAACACGGCUUCAGCAAUAGGCAUGCACAUUAUUACAUUUAACUGAAAAGUCCAGUGAUAGGAGUAGCUUCAGGCAUGCUUGAUCCUGGUGCAAAGUUCAGGAGUCUGUUUUUCUCUGUAUCUCUCAGUUUUGCUUCCUACCCUGCUGUUUUCAUUGUCAGGGAGAUUCUUCAUGUGUGAUGGUAAAGUGACCACCCAGCAGCUUCAGACUUCUGCCAUAAUCUCAGCCAAAACAAAGGACAGUUUCUCUCAACAGUUCCAACAAAAUCCUAAGACUGACAUUUAUUCCUUCAUUGGUUCACAUGCCCACUCUCGAGCCAACUACUGUGACCCAGGGAAUGUUGUUCUCCCAUCUUCAGAGGACACACUGAAUUGAGAAAUAAGGUAGAAGAGGGUGUUCCCCAAAAGGAAAUGAGGAUAUUGUUAUCAGGAGAGUGAAUGGAUUCUGUGCAGGCAAUCUAGAUAUCUGCAGUCAUGGUGAGAAAAACAAAAUAGAGUAUAAAGGCAAACUUAAUUGUUUUAAAUUAGAAAACAUUAUUACUGAGGCUUUUAAUAUGAAUAUAUUAUUGGAAAUCACUAAUACAGUGAAUGAAUGCAUUUGAAAAAUGUUUUGGACUCAGGUAAAAACAGAGGUCAUAAGUACCAUAUUUGAUGUGCCUUUGUUUAGUUUUAAAGGUUUUUGUGAUAGAAUUGGAUUAGUAGAGUUAAAAGCUAACCUUUCUGCUAGAAGAGAAAUAAAUGGAAUUAUAAAGCUUUGCUGAUGUUUGGGAUAACUAGUUUCUUCUCUGACCAUCUCUAAUACAGACCCACAUAUUAUUUUCUUAGGAAAUUUACUUCAUAAGAAUACAUGGAUCGUAACCAAAGAAAACU